UACUUACCGUUAUUGUGAAUGAAACCAAAAUACAAACUCAUACCACGCUCACUUUACGUUGUGAGAGAAAACAUCCAUCAGUUUCAUUUUUCGUCAAACAACGACAGAAACUCAAUUCCCUUAUUAAAAGUGAUCCAUCCGACUUUGUUCCACGUGAGUGGAACUACAAUUCUAAUCAGAGAUGGCCGUUCCAGAAAGUUGGCCUGAAUCUCAAAUGAGGUGAACCGAUUUUGCCACCACCAACAUCUGUUCUCAAACAAAAGUUGGCAACAGCUUUUAUACCGUGUUCGGACUCGGUUGGAGCUCCACAUCAGAUGCCAUGGCUGCCUUUGAACUCAGACCUUGUUUGGUCCUUUAGCUAGGUGUUAGGGGUACGUACACCUUGCCUUAAGUUUUGACACCAGACGUUCGCUCCCAACGCAGAACUCUAUUCAUCCGCAAAGAUCCGGAGACAAGAUGCUUCUGAAUGUGGAUCUGGCAAAUUUGCCCACAAAGUUUUUGACAACUCGGAAAAUGGAGUUUCAUCGCCACUCUGAGAUGAUCCUGUCCCUGGUGCAAGAUUGGUUAGUGGGGGGAAAGCACACCGACGUGUCUGUGGCCGUUAUUGAAGAUGGAACGAUUUAUAGCAUAAGAUGUCAUCGGGUAGUCCUGGCUAAUGCUAGUCCUUUCCUGGCUUGUCUUCUUGGAGGAUCAACAUGGCCGUCACGUUAUCUUCAAGAUGACAUUUCUCUUUUGCUUUCUGACGUUUCCAAUCAAAACCUGGAACUCCUGAUAUCCUAUUUGUACACAGGAAUGGCAACUUUCGACUCUCGCCAGGCCAGAUCAUCGUUUCUCGAGGUCUUGACAUCCUUAGGUGUCAAGACACCACCAUAUCUGGGAGCGGAUGAGAGUUUGGCUGGUUCCGUGGAACUUGAUCAUGAUAUCUUGGCGGAGACUGUUGAUAUUCUGAAUGCCACCCUAACCUCAACCACCAACAAAGCGAGCACGCUUCAAGAUUUAACGGAGAUGACAAAUCUUGUCCCUCCCUCUCCUGCCCUCGUUUGUGGUUCAUGGCCUCAGAAUAAUUCAUCAUUAGCUGUAACAGACAACAAGCAGCCCCAUCAGACCAGGGUAUUAGGGAAGGACUUUUCGGCAGAGAAUUCUGACCACGUACUGGAGGACGAAGAGCCAGGGCUCAAGGGUCCCCCCAAAGCCGCGACUUCGUUUGGUAAUGAAGAACAUGGAUCUUCGAUGAAAGAUUUAGAACUUUCCACUGUGGAUCAGUCAGCCAUUUUGUACGCGUUUCCGACCCUAGGCCAGCCAAUCGAAGAGCAAAAAGGCGAGAACCCAUUUGAAGUCCGCCACCGUUAUGUUCAUAAUCAUACUCAUCCUCAUCGCGAUUCCAAAAACUCGAUGUCGGACGAGGUCGAUUUGGAGAGGGAACAAGCGUCUCCGAUUUCGUUGACUUCUUCAUGUUCAUCUUCGAAAGAGAAUAAUGAUGCUGAUUUGCAUUUCAUUAUGGACGACAUUCAAGUGGAGCGAUUGAAAAAUUCAAAGUUGGAACAACAUUCAUCCGCAAGUCUUUUCCCCCUUUCCGAGAAGGAGCUUUCCAAUUCAAAUGGGGUUGAUCAAGAUGAAGACGAAGAAACUGGGGCACUAACCACCUCAGCCAACGGUUACACAAAAGCAAGGAGCAAGCGCCGGUUCCAAUGCAACCAGUGCGGCAAGUAUUUCCCUUCCAAACAUUAUCUCGGUUUCCACGAAACUAGUGUUCAUUCUCGAAUUAAAUCUCACCCAUGUCAAGAGUGCGAUAAAGUGUUCACGGGUGACUAUUAUCUGCGUCAACACGUGCGUCGCAUGCACUCAGAAAGUCGGCCUUUUGCGUGUCACAAUUGCUCUUCCAGCUUCAGUGUGAGAUACGACCUCGUCGUCCAUAUGAGGACGCACGAGGCUGUAAAACAAUUCAAAUGUGAUUAUUGCGCCAAGACCUACGCUACGCAUAGAGCGCUCAAGGAGCAUGCUCGCACCCACACGGGUGAGAAGCCGUUUGAAUGCAAGGAAUGUGGCAAGAAGUUUGCCCUCCCCAAGACACUCCGAGUCCACUACCGUCAACAUUCUGGGGAACGUCCCUAUCUGUGCUCCCAUUGUGGAAUGACUUUUGUGCAGAACUCAACGCUCAGAAACCAUUUGCGACACCAUCAUCAGACAACCAAGAAUUCCCGAGACCACGGGGAUGGUACAUGCAGUGCUACGACGACGAGUCGAGAGGCCGUCGGCAAACCGACAGGAACUUGAAACAAAGAUUUCAAUCCUCCUCCCCCAAAGACCACGUGACAAAAUGGAGGAUAAUCUUUUCCCAUUUCCUUCAACUCCAGAGCUCCUCCAAUGAGAAGCAAGCAACACUCUAUCGUCUCCUUAAAGCUGGAAAUGGCUGUUUGCGAAAAGUACUCUGGGAGGGCCAAGAGGGUGAUGGUGAGGUUGGGGGAGGGAGAAGAGAAAGAGAAAAGCAACAAGAAAACAAGAAAGAGAAUCAAAUGAUCGCACCAUAAUUCUUCCUUGUCAGAUUUAUUAAACUGCAAAUCCCAACAAAAGGAGGCAGGGAGCGAAAAAACUUGAAACGGUCUUGUGCUUUGUGAGCUCUCCAACAUUCCUACUCCUUUUUUUAUGGAACAAGAGCGGUACUUACAGCCUUUGGGGCACGUUGUACCGCGUAGUUUGGAACAAUGAGUGUUGAGAUGCCAAGAAAGAAGAGGAGGCAAGGAAAGAGAGGACCAGAGGAAGAGGAAGAAAUUCCAUCUCACCAGUUUGUAAAUGGCUAUGUAAGGAUCUCAAUUGAUUGUUCCGUCUCUUUUCCGCCUUUGGAGGCAUUGCUCUCGCUCUCUGCCGCCUUCUUCAAUGGUGAGCCUGGGGAAUCGAGAGGACCCAAGAGCUUUGAGUGGAAAAGCCAAUUGCUAGUGUUAACAGUCAGCCAAAUUACAGAAAAUUGUGAUGACGACAAAAGUUCAAAAUAGUUCUAUGUAGAAAAAAUUGGCGCUCAAUUCAUCAGAGCUUCUAUCCUAGUUGUUUUAUUCUACUGAAUUCCCGAUCAUGCGAUUGGAGCUACAGCCAUCUGGCCUUGAGGGCCUUUUGAAUACUCCCACUAGAGUCAGUAUGGAGCACCAUUUAAUCAUUUGAAUAUGUCGCUCGUCCAAGAUUUGGAGACGGUGGAUCUUGUCUACUCUCAAGUGUCUCUUGUGAUCCUCUCUUAUUAGAUCUGAGAUACCCCAAAGACCUCUUUGAGGGGACACUAUCAUGACCAUCAAGGCAGAGGGCCAAAUUCCCCAACUUCGGUGGUGAUCCAUGGCGUAAGACGCAUGACAAGAAUAGUUUGUCUUUUGACCAGAUCAACUUGGUCCGUAUGCGUUUUCCUCCCUCUCUCUUUGGGCACUUGGUUGUGGCAUUGUUCCAUAGCAAGUUUCGAAUUCCAAUUCGACCGAGAGAACAUGGACGGAAUCUAAUAGACAAGACUUGCGAGAUACAAACACCUACAUUUUGAUGCCAGUGAAAGACAAGAAAAAUCCAGAAGUCCAGGCGAUCUUGUAGUUUGACAUUUGAAUAUGCCACCAACCACCGAGCGAGCCUCAACUUUUAUCAAACUUUGUCGCCAUCUCUCCCCCUCUCUCUCUCUUCUCUCUCUCUCUCUCUCUAUCUCUUCCAUUCGCUCGCCCCUCCAAUAUUGGUGAUGGUUUGGUUGGGUCUUGUCUGUCCCUCGUCAUCGAAGUUCCUUUGUCGUGGUGAUGAAUUGGAGAUUUCAGACGACAGACCUUUUUUCGAAAAGAGGAACCUGAAAAAUCCAUUUACCUAUUUAGGGCAUCACUCCUUUCGGCUUUUGCUUUUGCCUUGUCAAAUGUUACGAACAUGUGAGUUCGAGCGACCCCAACCGAAAUUAUAUCAAGUACCGUACUACAACUCUCUCCUGUUCACACAAUCGAAAUGAGGAUGAUGCGCUUCUUGUCGGCUUUGGGGCAGGAGAGCUGAUGAGGUCCACAGGGAACACCGUGGAAAGCGGUUCCAAGUCACGUUCUGACGAAUGCUCCGGAGAAAAGAAGAGAGCUUGGCGUACGUUCACUCGUUAUAUGAGAAAAAAGACAUCCACUCAUCUAGCCCAUAACUUCUCAGCUUUGAGUGCAGGAAAAUUAGCCACAUGGGUAAGGAAACUGAAUCCCUUGUCAGGUCCGACUCAAUGCCUACCCACACUGGUACCUCGACAGACAUUCAAUGGUGCCGAUGCCAGGGGUGUGUCGUUACUGGAUCAUGAUUUGUUAAAAAUUGCCAUUCGCCAACCAUAAAUUUGAUCAUGAAGAAUCAAUGGUAUUUUUAAUUGGGGUGGACAUCCUUCUGAAAGCGUAUCUUGGCAUUAAUGUUUUAUGAAACGUUGCCUGAAUGAUCUCUUGGUUUUAGACCCGUUUCUAGUUGAGUGAUAAACCCUCUCAUGUCAAUAUUUGCCUUGCUCCUUUUUCCAAUACGAGCUAAGUCCGUUUAUCCAUUGAGAAGAUUAAUCAAUGACACAACCUCUAGGCUUGCCAAUGCUGAGCUCGAACUUUUGCAUAAUGUUUGAAAGGUAGAUCAUGUUGCAUUGCAGAGUAGGAACAAAAUAUCUCAAAAGGAAAUGUCGCGCAUCAGAAUGGCUUUGCCGUUCUCGGUACCACUUACAUAUCUGAAGUUGCAAACUCGAAAGAAGAAAAUGUAUUCAUUGAAAAGGACGACGGAAACUAGAAGGGUUAGGGAACA